AUGGACGACAAGACGGCGAUUGUCACAGAGGCGCAAGUGCAAGCCAUGGCCGUGCAGCAGGGAGGGUUUGAUCCAACUGGAGAGGUGGAGUUUCGCCCUUGGCGAGUGGACUCCGAGAUCGAAUGGCUCCUGGAAGCGCUGCGCGACCAGGAGUCCAUGCCGCACCCGGAUCCGCAGGCCUGA